AUGGAUAGCAACAACCAUCCCGGGGGCCAGGGAGGGUUCAGCAGUGUCUUUGGAGGGUCGCUAGGUUAUCCGCAUACAGACCUGUCUGGGGUACCAUUAACAGGAAUAAGCCCCCUCUCUCCAUAUUUGAACGUGGAUCCAAGGUAUUUAACACAGGACUCAGAAGAGUUUAUUUUGCCUACUGGUGGCAACAAGACUCGAGGAAGAUUUGAACUGGCUUUUUUUACAAUUGGAGGCUGCUGUAUGACAGGAGCAGCCUUUGGUGCAUUUAACGGUUUGCGUGUUGGAUUAAAAGAAACUCAGAACAUGGUCUGGACCAAACCCAAGAACGUUCAGAAUGUAAAUAUGGUCACAAGACAAGGUGUGAUGUGGCCUAACACUCUGGGAUCUUUAGCAUUAUUGUACAGUGCCUUAGCGGUUCUAGUUGAGAAGACUAGAGGAGCAGAAGAUGACCUGAACAUUAUGGCAGCCGACACAAUGACAGGAAUGCUAUUCAAGUCUUAA